AUGCUUCCAGACCUGCCGAAAAUCCCAGUCGGCACGACCUGGGACGAGGACACGGGCAAGAUAGAGCUGGCGUCUCCGACGGUGACGAUGUGGUCCGAGGAAUCCCCUGACCCUGGCAUGACUGAGGCGGCAGAGAUGGAGACCAUAAAGACCGAGACGGCAGAAGCUCCCAAGUCGGCCCCUGAGACGGCAGAAGCUCCCGAGUCGGCUCCUCUCCAGCCGGUGAAGCAGGAGCAAGUCAAGGCGAAGACGAAAGCCAUCCCUAAAAAGGCGCCUGCACAGCUCCUGGCCAAGAAUGAGGCUCCAGACAGUCAGCGGGACACCACAGGUCGUAGCCGGCAGGAAGCCAAGAAAACAAAGGUGCCACUUGAAGAGCCGGCAGCGGAUGGGCACGACGGCCCUGUGUACAACGGCAAAAGAAUGAGAACUGCCAGGGGGUACAUGCAGGAUUAUGACAUCCCCAACGAGCAGGCCCGCCGGCCAAAUUAG